UCCAAGUAUGACUCUAAUUUGUUAUAACUGUGAGCUAUCACUCCCACAGAAACAACACUGGUGAAGGAAAAAUAUUUUGACUAUUGUGACUGGGUGGAGAGUUCCUAGAUGUCUGUAAAGCCUCGUUCUUACGACGUGUGACUUGCCAAGUCACAGACGUCCUUGGAUCUGCCACAGAUCGACGAGAAGUCUCUGGAAUUGCGAGCCAACAGUUCUCACGGCGCGGGGUGACUCGGUGGGACUUGGGGCGGCACGUCGUACCUCAAGCCCGUUCGGACGUACGCGAGCACCGUGGUCUCUGGGUCAGUGUCUAGUUGUUGUUUAGAACUGUUGUGCAAAGAACUGUUGAAGAAAAGAAUUGUUGAAGCAAAGAACUGUUGUGACUUCUCGAGUUUGAUGUAAACCAGUUGAUGUAGGUUUUGUGAAGUGUAGAAAUAUGUGGAAUGAUGAUAACGAAUUAAUAGCUUGCGCUGCAGUGUACUAUGUAGUCUGCACUGGAGAAUAUUUGAAAAGACGAAUGAGACGAAAAAAGCGUUGGUGGGUGGAUUCCUAUAAUAAAAGCCGAAAAAGGUACAAUGCUACUGACAUGCUGGUUGACUUAAAAAAAGAACCAUCCGGAAGAUUUCAUAACUUUUGUCAGAUGGAUGCUACUGAUUUUGAAAGUUUACUUAGUAGAAUUGCACAAACAUUAAUCAAAAAAGAUACAAACAUGCAGAAAAGUAUACCUGCUCAAGAGAGAUUGGCUGUAGCUUUAAGAUUUUUUGCCAGUGGAGACAGCUGUGGUAGUUUAUCAUUCUUAUUUAAGAUUUCAAAACAAACCGUAUCAAAAUGUGUUGACGAAGUGUGCAAGGCUUUAAUAGAAGAACUAAAAGACGAAAUACAGUUGCCUAAGGAGGAGCAUCAGUGGCUAGAAAUCGCUCGACAGUUCGAACUGCAAUGGAACUUUCCUAACUGCUUGGGGCGAUAGACGGAAAACAUGUCGUUAUACAAAGCCCACCUAAUACAGGAUCUGAGUUUUUUAACUACAAAUCUCAUUUUAGUGUUGUGUUAUUGGGGUUAGUAGAUGCAGAUUACUGUUUUACGUAUGUAGACAUUGGAUGUCAAGGUCGAAUAAGUGAUGGUGGAGUUUACUACAAUUCAUCCUUAUACAGUAAAUUACAAAAUGGGGAGCUUAGGCCUAAUCUUCCAUCCAAUAGGAAACUACCAUCAUCAGAUAAAGUUUUGCCUUGUGUGUUCUUAGGCAAUUCAGCAUUUGCCUUAAGUUGUAACAUGAUGAAGCCAUAUCCUGGGACCAGGAUAGUGCAGGCAGAGUUUUCAACUACCGUCAUUGUCGUGCUCGACGUGUUGUUGAAAACGUGUUCGGAAUUAUGUGUUCGGUUUUCAGAGUAUUUAGAAAGCCCAUGACUUUAGAACCCGACAAAGUAACCAAUGUUACUUUAACUUGCGCACUGUUACAUAAUUUCCUUAGGAAGAAUAAUGUUUCAAGAUCACGGUAUACUCCCCCAGGUACGUUUGAUGUUGAAGUAUACGGUACAUUUGCCGGAGGAUCUUGGAGAAAUGACCAAGAUGGAAUGACAUCUUUCUUGCCAUUACAAGGGGCUCCUAGAAAACCAGGGGCAGUAGCCAAGGCUAUUUGCGCGUGCUUUGCUGAGUACUUCACAACAAGUGGGAGGUUAGCUUGGCAAAACAAAUACAGCUAGACUCAAGACUGGAUGUCAAGCAUACACACUAGCGGUAUUGAUCCUGGUGACACAGAGUGUAAAAGAAGUGAAUAUUCAUGUGAACAAUUUGUUACAUAUAUGUUUUGGUCAAUGAUAUAAUUGAAUAGUUCAAUCUAUUACAAGUUGUAUUGGCAACUCCGUUGUAUUGUAAAAGUAUUGUAAUACACCAUAAUUUGCAGUAAAACAUAACUAUUUAACAGAGGAGAAAAUGUUAAGAAACUUAAGUAGAGUCCAUACAAAAUGUUGAUUGUAAUAUGUAUAAUAUAAUUAAAAUUACAGAUAUUUCCAUUAGAUAAAUAUCUUUGAAUAGAUGUUUUUAUGUGAAUAUGUUUUUUUUUUAAAUAUAUGUCGAACUAUAU